GUGUCCCGAGCGAAAGGUGUCGCCCUCUGAUUGGCUGUUUAUUAACGUGGUCAAAGUCAAACUGCUUCAGUUUGUCUCACAGUUUUUAGUUUCUGUAACUCCGCGGCUGUUUUGUUUUGAUCUCGCUGUAUCCAGAUCUCGCGAGAACACUAGCCCUCCCGUCGUUCGCCAUUAUAGCUAAGAGAAGCGUCCCCCGGACGAGCACCGGAGAGGCUCCGUUACCCGGACACAGACACGUUUUGCUCGCUGACACCCGCCGAGCCACUCUGCAUCCAGGUGCGCAGGUAGAAAGAUGGCAGAUGACCUGGACAUCGAGGCGAUGCUGGAGGCGCCAUACAAGAAGGAGGACGCCAAAAUCUCGAGCCCCAACGGACAGGACGAGCGCUCCAAGAGGAAGAAACGCAGCCGCAGUCGCAGCUGCGACAGGAAGCGCAGCCGGAGUCGAGACAGGAAGAGGAGCCGGAGUCGGGAGCGCAAACGUAGCCGCAGCCGAGACAGGCGGAGGAGUCGUAGCCGCAGCAGAGAGCACCGCCGCAGCAGAGAGCGCGGUGGGCGCUACAGAGACCACCACAAGCA